UUGUCUCACCUCACAGCUCCCCGUACAAACGCCGCCGCGGGAAAGGGGAUGCAAAAGCAUAUGUGCGCUUCGUGGCUGCCACUCAGUAACCAUAGAGACGCCACGCCACGGCAGAGAGCGUUGCCUGUAUGUUGCCUCAGGCUUGGGCAUAGGCGAGGCCGGGAGGGCGCUUGUCAACGCUGCUGGGAGCGGGAGUGGGACCUGGCCCGUGAAGGCGUUCUGUUUUAAAGCUUUACUCCUCUGCCUGACGGCUAGAGGCUGUAGGAACGGGGCUUCCGCGUCCGUUCCCCGGUUAAAGGCUUGCCCCGCUUCAGGUGUGAACACGUUAACGCCGUGCAGGCUGAGAGGAAGCAGCAGCUGUACGUGCGGAUAGCAAAGCUCGUGGCCUUGGGCUGUGCGGAAUGUGUGGAAAAGUUUGUGUGGAGCAGUUUUUUUAAAGGUAAGGGCCGGGACUGUAAAGAUGGCUCCUGUAGGAAGCUGCUUUAAACUUUCCCCAUCCGAGUCAGAUCCACUUCCGGGGCUGAGCCAACUCUGCAUCUCCAUGAUCGCUGUUUAAGAAGAAGCAGCCAGAAGAGGAGGGUUCCUCAGGAAGGACUUACGCUGGAGAGGUUCGUUUAGGAUUGUGUCCUGUGGGAGGGACCGUUUAUUGGAGCAGGGGAAAAAUGUGAGGAGUCGUCCUUCUCUGAGAAGAGAGAAGCGGCAGAGCCCAUCUGUGAGGAAGUGACCACAUCCCUAAUUUCCUGCCCCACUGUGCUACUGAAGCGGGGAGAAGAUAGAGAUAUUGAGAGUGAGCAUCUUACAUGAAUCUGUUAUGAACCAAAGAAGACAUGAAGGGACAGAAAAUAACAUCUCUUCUCAUCUAUUUAUUUCAUAUAAGUGCUACACUUUGGGGUUUUACAGAACAGGAAACAGUAACGGGGCUGUUUUCCAAAGACUGCAUCCUCCCUUGUUCCUUCCCACCGGGGGACGAUGAGGUAAUUUACUGGAAGAACGAGGACAAAACUGUGCACAGCUACUACUACAAGAGGGAUCAGCUGGAAAGGCAAGACCCAGGUUACAGACACAGAACAUAUCUUUUCCAUGAGGACAUUCCUAAUGGAAAUGCCUCCUUGAAACUUAGUAACCUGACCUUGACUGAUGAGGGAGCUUACAAGUGCUACGUGGGAACAAAGCAAACCAAAACGGAAAUGGAAGUCUUCCUGCACAUAAGAGUUUCCUCUUUUUAUGCACUGGAAUACCAAAAAACAGACACAGGAAGGAUUUUGAAGUGCUAUGCCUUUCUCACUUACCCAGCACCAAAUAUAUCUUGGGAACAAGGCAAUACAUCUAUCCAAGAAACAGAUCGGGAGGAAACCAGGGACGGAGUUCUCUAUUCUGUAAGAAGUGACCAAAACAUUAUAAACACAGCGGAUCCUUAUUACUGUCGUAUUCAUCUUCCCCAUGAAGAGUGGGCUGCUAAAUGGAAGAUGCAAGACCAACUGUCUAACGUGGAAGGAAAUAGCACUACAAUUCCUUGUGAGUACAACAAUAACACUGCAAACACCGAUGGCUUCAGAGUUGUCUGGACAUUAAACAGAAACGCAGUGGUUUCAGUCCUGGCCUCCUUCAAUGGUACAGCUCACUCUUACCAACCCCGAGUUCAGAUUAACCAAAAAGACUUUUCACUAGUGCUGCAUGAUCUUACUGGAAGUGACAGUGGAGAAUAUCUGUGCAACAUUUCAACACCUUUCUACACACAUCUUACCAUGACAACUUUGCAAGUUGAGCAUUCAGGUAACACUGUGGGAAUUGUGCUAGGAGUGGUGGCUGCUCCAGUGGUAGUGGGACUCUGUGUCUGGUGUUGCUACAAGAAACGUAAAUGGAGGCUUUGACAUACUGGAAGAACUCAUCUGCAUGCACGCACAGAUUCUACUGAGACUGCUGCCAAAAAGAACAAAGAGUUUCUUCGCCUUCCCUAUUGAGUUACACUGAGAGCCACAUGGUUAAUGUGGCUUCAUCACAUGAUUAUCUGAGCAACAGUAACAAAGGACUGAACUGGUAGGAAAAAAUAAGCCAAUGCACACCUGCCUGUGAGGAGUCAGCACGAAAACUUGGAAUUUGGAUACCAUAAAGGGACAACGAAAAAGUUUCCAUGGGAGAAGAUUCCAUUUUGAGGGAUUUAAAAUGUAUUUUUAGUGGUUUUGCUGUUUUCCCAUUUCUGAGGCACAGGCAGUCCUGAUGGACGUGUCAAUUCAGAGCCUCUCCCAUGUGUCUCCUGCAGCUGGCGGACAAAUUCCUUUGGCUGAUCGCAGUGGAAACUUCUAAACUGACUGUUUGUAUGCAAAAGUUUGCUUUCUACCCUCCUCCAAAACUUAAAGGAACUCUCACUGGCGGGACAGACUUAAAGCUGGGGUUAUCCCAACAUUAAAGGCUGUCCUCCUGCACGGGUUUCAUCUGUACCGCUUUAAUGAUCUACAGAUGAAAUACAUGGAGCUGUGACGCAUGACUGGAUUUGCCCUUGCUUUUGAUUUUGUCAGAGAUCUGCCAAUUAGGAUUUGUUCCAACAUAAUGAAGUGGGCUGUUGGCAAGAUGUGAUCUUUUAUUGAUCCUCGAGGCUUGGCAAAAUAGAAACACAAAAAAAUUGAUGGAAUACACUAUACAGUCUCUUUGGAUUUUCACUUGAUGUUUAUUUCUGUAAGUGCUUAUUUUUCUCUACAUCUGCUUUCAGUUAUGCCUAAUUAUGUCAAGCAUCUUCUCAUAUCUGUCAACUCGGACUGUACUUAUUCCUCUUCAUGAACCUGAAAUGCAAUUGAGAUAAUAUACAACUGUUAAAAAUUGAAGUGUUGAGGGGAUUUUAGAGUAAGUUCAUGAAAAAAUGACAAAAGCUUCAAUUCAGUAAUACUUCUGCUCCCUGAUAUUACCGGUUUGUAUCUGGAAUAAACAAGCUCCAGUCUAGCCAACUCUUGCUGUUUUACUUCAGCUCACAGUACAGGUUUCUUGUCCUCAUGCUAGAGUAUAUAUCCCUUUGAUAGCCGAUGACUUUUCUACAACCCUGUUUCAAUAGAUUCUGAAUCAAACACACUUCCCAGAGUUUCCGGGAACAUGGGUAUUAGUUGCAGUAGA